UAGGGUUCAGGGCAGAACGAUUUGAAUGGAUGAAGGGCACACUCAAAGCUUUCACUGAGGAGAUCAAGAACUGGACUUCCAAUCGUAACAACUUCCUUGGGGGCGCUCCCUUAUCCUUCGAUCACUUCUUCGAAUUGACGAACGAACAGGAGUAUAUUCCCAGAUCUGACAUUAGGCACCAAAGUCGAAGUCCCCCCGGUAUUCCUGCUCAUGGGUGGCCUCCAAAUCAGCCAUCUUCGUCUGGAGAGACGCAAAUUUAUUACGAGCCUCACCCCUAUCACCCCUCGCCACAUCCCUCCGACACAGCGGCUCAGGGGGCCUCUUGUUAACUAUCCUCCUCUUCCACCCAUAGGUGAGAUGCUGCCUGGAACCGCCCCUCAAUCGGGGAACUUUCCAUACCAAUCAUACUCAGAUAUCCAGGGCUCUGUUCAUGUUCAUGGCCCUGCGUCUACGUUUCCGCCAGGAUAUCCCUCUGGCCUUCAGCCACCUUUACCUUAUGAAUUUCCUCAUCCGCACACUCCUGUCGCACUGCCGUCCGCACAACAAUAUGUCGGUCCGACCCAGUCCUCGGCAGAACCACAGCAGGUUGUAGAGCAACGAUACAAUCCCCAGCUUCAGUAUACCCAACCUUCGCAGUAUCCACCGCCUGGUCCCUAUAUUCUCCCUGAGUCCCAGUCGGACGAACCAACGGACGAUGAUGGUCAUGAGACUCCAACUCAUCAAUAGUUGGGGACUACAGCGGUCGGCAUCACACGCAUUUACUCGACACCAGACCACCUGUGGCUCAAGGCCGAAAAUUAUAUCCUUUUCCCGCUCAACACUCAGAUCAUUUGGAAGGUUUGGAGCCACCGUAAACGCCUCUCUCAUCAGACACCAUGUGGCAGUGGUAGACGACAUUAAUGAACGCAGUAGAAGAUAUAUAUAUAU